CAGUAUUAUUUUUUUACGGCAGCGUUGAGGCAACAUGGCGACUGCGGGAGGUGAAUUAGGACCUGAUCGUGAUAGCAACAGCCUUCAUGGAGAUGAUAGCAGAUGUGACGAUGGCGAAGGAGUGGACGGUAUUAAAAAGUGUGAAGCCGAAAGAUCGCAGCCAAUGGGGAUGGGUCGAAAUCAGAAACCUGUGUGUCUUAUAGUGCUUGGAAUGGCAGGUUCUGGCAAAACCACGUUUGUACAGCGUUUGACUGCAUAUCUUCACAAAAAGAAAUCUCCUCCCUAUGUGAUAAAUCUUGAUCCGGCAGUUCAUGAGGUUCCCUUUCCAGCAAAUAUUGAUAUUCGGGACACUGUGAACUACAAAGAAGUGAUGAAGCAAUACGGACUGGGACCUAACGGGGGGAUUGUCACCUCUCUGAAUCUCUUCGCUACUAGAUUUGAUCAGGUCAUGAAAUUUAUUGAGAAAAAACAAAAGGAUUAUCAGUAUGUAUUAAUUGACACCCCAGGACAGAUUGAAGUGUUCACCUGGUCAGCGUCUGGGACAAUCAUCACAGAAGCUUUAGCCUCCUCUUUCCCCUGUGUGGUGGUCUAUGUGAUGGAUACGUCUCGCAGUGUCAAUCCUGUCACUUUUAUGUCAAACAUGCUGUAUGCCUGCAGCAUCCUGUACAAGACAAAGCUUCCCUUUAUUGUGGUCAUGAAUAAGACAGACAUAAUUGACCAUAGCUUUGCGGUGGAGUGGAUGCAGGACUUUGAAGUCUUCCAGGAUGCUCUGAACCAAGAGACUUCUUAUGUGAGCAACCUGACACGAUCAAUGAGCCUGGUGCUGGAUGAAUUCUACAACAAUCUCCGGGUUGUUGGUGUUUCUGCAGUCACAGGCAGUGGACUAGAUGAACUUUUCCAGCAGGUUUCAGAGGCUGCAAAGGAGUAUGAAACGGAGUAUCGCCCUGAAUAUGAAAGGCUUCACAGAGAAUUGGCUGAGGCCCAGAGUAAAAAACAGAAGGAACAGCUGGAACUCCUCCAUAAAGAUAUGGGAGCUGUUUCCAUGGAAACCACUAUACCCACAGGUAAAGGGAUUAAUGGGUGUUCCUUGUUCAGGAGAAAGCUGGGCAAGAUUAUGCUUGCAGGCCCAAGUGACCUCAUCUUAACAAGGGGAAAUCCAGACGAGGACGAUGAAGAAAUCGACAGUGACACAGAUGACGUCGACCAUACUCGCACUGAAGAGAGUAAAGAAACUGAGGCAUUUGGGAACUUUUUAAAAGAAAGAAAAAAGGUGGUAGAAGUUCGAAACAAGAAGCACCUGUGAGAGAUCAAGCUUGUCAGCACCAGUAAGCUUUGAAGUCCACCAUGAACUGUGCCCUUUUUGUAUUUCACUGGAUCCAUACUAAAAGAGGGAUAAUGACUUCCUGUUAAAUAGGUACAUCGGCAGUCAGAGAUGUUCCUUGAAGUCUUCUUUGCAAAGAUUAGUAAUCGGGUUGUCAACAACAUGUAGAAUGGAAAAAAGAAAUAUAAGACAUUUUACAGUAUAUGGAGAGGAAAGCAUAACAUGGUGUAUCAGGCAAGGUCAAUUUAUGUUUUGAAGACAUGAUAACUGAGUAAACAGGAUAUCUGGAAAUCCCAGAUAUGCUUAAGGUAUUUAUUAGUAUCUUUCAUUUAAUAUCCUCCUUUUAGACAGCAUAUUAAAGAUGUAUUCUACCAGUAAACAGGCACUGGUGAAAAUGCAAAAUACUGGUAUUUUUUAUUUUGUUUUAUAUUAUUGUGGGGGUAUAUCAAGGAGUGGCAAACUGUAGUAUUGCCUGCAAUGGAAUGAAAACCUGUUUAAUAAAUUUUUUGAGUGAAACGCA